CACCAUAAGCCGGAAUCACCUUUGAAAUGCCCAAGGAACAUAUCAGGAAGCGGGGAAAGAGAAAGACAAAGGCAAACGACGACCCUCCCCUCCAGCCCACCACCGAUGUCUCAGAACCAGAGCCCUCAGUCUCCACAGGUAUCCAUCCAGCCAGAGCUGCUAUGCUUGCUGGGCAAUCCAUUCCUGUGCAGACUCAUUCUCCGUCUCAAGAUACUCAACUGGAGGACAGUGAACGGGAGGAAGCCGACCAAACUCAGUGGAUUAGAGGGCCUAGAAUGGAGUCUGAAUUCCCUUUCGGAGUCUUGGAUCCGGACGUCAAGGCUUAUUUCAAGAGCAUAGAAGAGCAGAUCAAGGAUUGGGAAGGAGUGUCUUCCGCUGGAGAGGAACGUGAAGACCGCCAAAAUUUUCUGUCCUCUGUCCUUUCUGAACUUCGAGGGCAUGAGCUUUCAGCUGCAACCGACCCUGAAACUUCUAUCAUCCUCGAACGUAUUAUGCCCUCCUUAAGUGACUGGGGUCGUAGAGUUAUUGGUGACUCUUUUGGCGACAAAUGGGAAGAACUCAUCCGGCACAGGUUUGGAAGUCACGUAGUCCAGACGUGGAUGACUCUGGCAGCUGAUACGUUGGAUCGCGAAUCCAAAGACAUUUGGCCUCCUCAACAGGCCAAGCAAGACCCCCUGGCAGGCCGACUGCCAACCAUGACAUUACUAUUUUCUUCGGUCAUUACCACCCUGCUUCCAUCAGUUCAUCUACUCAUCUCUUCCCCUUAUGCAUCCCCGCCCAUCCGUCUCCUCCUGCUCAUCCUAACGCCUCGCCGGGUUCUUCCAGCUCUUGGAUCUGAGAGAAGUGCAAACGAAGGCCUGAUUCGAAGCAAAAAGUCAGACAAGUGGAGAAAGAAUCAAGAGGUCAAAGGGAAGAGUAUCCUUGGCGAUGACCAGUCCACCGCCCAGUCGUCAAACCGCGCUCUACCGGAGGAUCUUCGGCUAUGUAGGAAGGAGAUACGCCAAGCCCUUAUGGAAGGUCUUGGUGAGGCAGAAUGGAAGGCCAUGGGGGUUGAUGCUGUAGGCUCCCCAACUGUCCAGCUUAUUCUUGAGUUUGAAGUGGAUGAGGGGGAUGCAGAAAAACAAGGAUCUUUGUUUGAUGUACUCACUGAGGGUAUUGUAACUCAAAUCUGCUCCAACGAUCAAUCAGUUUUCGAAGCUCGACCAUACCUUCUUUCUCUGAUCACGACACAGACUGGCACUCGCUUGAGCGAGUGUAUUCUGUCUCUAGCACCGCAAAAGGUAUUUGAUGCCAUUUGGAGCACCUAUUUUGAAGGGAAAUUGGGUAAACUUGCAGGUCACCCUUACGCCAACUUUGUGGUGGCAAAAGGAGUCUCUAGAUUGGAGCUGGAUAAGAUAGAAAAGUUGAUUGAAGAGGUGUUGGGGAAUAGUGGUGGUAGAGGAUUGAUCAAGGCUGCAAGAACAAGCGUUGUACAAGCCCUUGUAGAUAGAUCAUUGGUUCUUACGGACAGCCAGAGAGCAGUCUUCGACCUCAUCAAAUCAUGUUUGGAACUUCCUCAUGACAAGCAUGCUUUCCUCGUACCUUGUCUUAUGGUUCUUAAGACAUUCCCUAUGUACCAGGCCAUUUUAGCGGGUGAAAAAACGACCUCUCCCGAGCCAGCAGACGAAAACAUGGCAGAUGAUGACGUUCAAGCCGAGGCCUCGUUCGCGGCGGCCGCUCGUUUGUCGGCGUGGCAGAAUAGAAGGAGUGCAAAGCCUAAAGAUGAUUUGGCCCCCAACAUGCAAGGAUGCUUAAUUCUGCAAGCAAUGGUCGGGAUGGAGCAAGUGAAUGAGAUCUUGCUCGAAAGCUUGAUUUCUCUUCCCAUUGAUUCAAUCAUCGCAUACGCCAAAUCACCGAUUGCCUCCCAUCUGCUUGAUAAAGUCUUUUUAGAGCGUUCGGUCCCUCUCAAGUACAAGAAAAAGAUGAUGAUGAUGUUCAUGAAGUCAUAUAAAGAGUUGGUGGAAGACAGAUUGGGUAGUCGAGUUAUGGAUACGAUUUGGGAACAAGCGGAUGGGUAUAUGAAAGAAAAAAUAGCUCGCUCAUUAAUACCUUUUGUGACCGAAUUAGGGGGUUCACAGUAUGGUAAAUUCUUCAUUCGCCGGGCCGAUAUUGUGUUGCUUAACCGUCGCCCGGAUGAAUGGCGAGAAAAGGUUCUGUCAGUAAGACAUCAUUUUGCUCAUCAAAAGGAGGCGUCUACUCCGUUCGUUGGACCGAGAGACGACGUUAUAAAAAGGAAAAAAGAAAAGGACGAGAACGAUGAGAUUGAUAGAUUAUUCGAUAGCAUGGAUACAAAGAAAAAGCGCAGAAUUCAGAAAUAGAUGAUACUGUGCCAUGGAGUCCGAUGCAUAUUUACUGUGAUGAUACAACA